UUUGCGUUAUUUGAACAACCUAACUUGUUUAAUGAGGCUGCAUUUCGGAGAUUAUCCAGUUUUGCGGAGCGCACCAAAGGACGGAUCCAUGAGCCAAGGCACAAUCGUCAUUUUCUUAUAGAAAAGGUGUAGCUCUGACCAAGAUGGCCGUAUCACUGUGGUGCAGCAGGACAAUCCUAUUGGCUGUCGCCUUCUGUUUCCUGCCUUGCAUCACUUCCUCCCUCAACCUGGAGGAUCCCAACGUCUGCAGCCACUGGGAGAGCUACUCAGUCACAGUCCAGGAGUCGUACGCACAUCCCUACGAUCAGAUUUAUUACACGAGCUGCACAGACAUCCUCAACUGGUUCAAGUGCACCAGACACAGAGUGAGCUACCGGACAGCCUAUCGCAGAGGAGAGAAGACCAUGUACCGCCGAAAGUCCCAGUGCUGCCCGGGUUUCUAUGAGAGUGGAGAGAUGUGUGUUCCUUACUGUGAAGAGAAGUGUGUUCACGGCCGUUGUGUGGCCCCCAACACCUGCCAGUGUGAGCCGGGGUGGGGAGGGCCUGACUGCUCCAGUGCGUGUGACAGUUCCCACUGGGGUCCCCACUGCAGUAACCGCUGCCAGUGCCAGAACGGCGCCCUGUGUAACCCCAUCACCGGUGCCUGUAUUUGCAACCCGGGCUACAGAAGCUGGCGCUGCGAGGCCCAGUGCGAUGCGGGCACCUACGGGAACGGAUGCCAGCAGAAAUGCCAGUGCCAGAACGGUGCCGCCUGUCACCAUGUGACCGGAGAGUGCAAGUGCUCACCAGGAUACACUGGUGCCUUCUGUGAGGACCUGUGUCCACCCGGGAAACACGGGCAGCAGUGUGAGGAGAGAUGCCCGUGUCAGAACGGAGGAGUGUGUCACCAUGUCACUGGAGAGUGCUCGUGUCCUGCAGGAUGGAUGGGAACAGUGUGUGGCCAGCCGUGUCCAGAGGGACGUUUUGGACGAAACUGUUCCCAGGAGUGUCAGUGUCACAACGAGGGCGUUUGUGUCUCGUCGACCGGACAAUGUCUCUGCAGCCCUGGAUACACCGGAGAGAGGUGCCAGGAUGAGUGCCCAGUCGGUACUUAUGGUGUUGGCUGUGCGCAGACGUGUCGCUGUGUGAACAAUGCCAAAUGCUACCACGUCAGCGGGAUGUGUCUCUGCGACCCAGGCUACACCGGCGAGAUAUGCGAGGUCCGGCUGUGUCCCGAGGGCCACUACGGCCUUAAAUGUGACAAGAAGUGCCCGUGCUCUGCCCAGAACACACGCAGCUGCCACCCGAUGUCAGGGGAGUGCACUUGUCAGCCCGGUUGGUCAGGCCUCUACUGCAACGAGACGUGCACCCCGGGGUUUUUCGGCGAGGCUUGCCAGCAGGUUUGCCAGUGCCAGAAUGGUGCCGACUGCCACAGUGUGACGGGAGAGUGUAUCUGUGCACCGGGGUUCAAGGGCUCCAACUGUUCAGUCCCCUGCCCGGUGGGAACACACGGCAUUAACUGCUCUUCCACCUGUAACUGCAAGAAUGGAGCUCAUUGUUCACCAGUGGAUGGAUCCUGCUCCUGUAAAGCAGGUUGGCAUGGAGUAGAUUGCUCCAUCAAUUGCCCCAGUGGCUCCUGGGGUUUGGGCUGCAACCUCACUUGUAUGUGUGGAAAUGGAGGUGCCUGCAAUGCCCUGGAUGGAGAGUGUACCUGUGCCCCUGGCUGGAGAGGCGAGAGAUGUGACCUCCAGUGCCAGGAUGGGACCUAUGGCAUGGACUGCAAAGAGCGCUGCGACUGUAGUCAUGCUGAUGGAUGCCACCCGUCGACUGGCCACUGCCGCUGCCUGGCUGGAUGGACUGGUAUUCACUGUGACAGUGUGUGUGCAGAAGGCCGCUGGGGCCCAAACUGUUCACUUCCCUGUAACUGUAAGAACGGAGCAUCCUGCUCUCCAGAUGAAGGCACGUGUGAAUGUGCUCCGGGAUACAGAGGCACAACCUGCCAGAGGAUCUGUUCUCCAGGUUAUUUUGGCCAUCGCUGCAGUCAGGCCUGCCCCCAAUGUGUCCACAGCAAUGGACCCUGUCACCAUGUAACAGGACAGUGUGACUGUCUGCCGGGGUUCAAGGGGGCGCUAUGCAACGAGGUUUGUCCCAGUGGCCGUUUUGGUAAGAACUGUGCCUGGAGCUGCAGCUGCACCAACAAUGGAACCUGCAACCCCAUCGACGGAUCGUGUCAAUGUUAUCCAGGAUGGAUCGGCAGUGACUGCUCCCAGCCUUGUCCGCCUGGUCAGUGGGGGCCAAACUGCAUCCACACGUGUAACUGUCACAACGGAGCUUACUGCAGCGCUUAUGACGGGGAGUGCAAGUGUACGCCAGGCUGGACCGGCCUGUACUGCACACAGCGCUGUCCUUUGGGUUUCUAUGGUAAGGACUGCUCGCAGACCUGUCAGUGCAGGAAUGGAGCCGACUGCGACCACAUCUCAGGACAGUGCACCUGUCGCACCGGCUUCAUGGGACGCCACUGCGAACUGAAGUGUCCUAGUGGUUCAUAUGGUUACGGCUGCCGUCAGGUGUGCGACUGUCUAAAUAACUCUACCUGUGAUCAUAUGACUGGUACAUGUUACUGCAACCCUGGCUGGAAGGGAGCUCGCUGCGAUCAAGCCGGCCUGGUGGUGGUGGGAAACCUCAACAGUCUGACCAGUGCAGCCUUGCCAGUGGACACCUACCAGAUCGGUGCCAUUGCAGGCAUCAUUGUGCUGGUGCUGCUGGUGCUCUUCCUCCUCCUCCUCUUCAUCAUCUACAGGAAGAAGCAGAAGGGCAAAGAGCCCACCAUGCCCGCUGUAACCUACACCCCUGCUAUGCGGGUCGCCGCUGAUUACACCAUCGCUGAUGCUCACCCACCAGCGUGCGAAGGACAUCCCAGCAACUACUUCUCCAACCCCAGCUACCACACUCUGACUCAGUGCGUCAGCCCCCCACAUGUCAACAGUCUUCCAUAUGCAAAGGCCAAGAACAACCAGCUGUUUGUGAACUUGAAGAACGCGGACCAGAGAAAGAGAUCUCCCAUGGCCGAUCACACCGGCACGCUGCCUGCAGACUGGAAACAAGGAGACUGCUUCAAUGAACUGGGAGCCUAUGGAGUUGACAGCAGAUACAUGGGCAAAUCGUUACGAGAUCUGGUGAAGGGAACGCCCUAUCAUGUCAGUUCCUGCUCCCUCAACAGCUCUGAAAACCCCUACGCCACCAUCAAGGACCCUCCCCUGCUCACACCCAAAAACACAGAGUGCGGCUACGUGGAAAUGAAGUCGCCGGCCAGACGGGAUUCACCGUACGCUGAGAUCAACAACACCAGCCCGACCAACAAGAAUGUCUACGAAGUUGAGCCCACUGUUAGCACCAUCCACCCCAGUGGGAGCAGCAAUGGCCAUGUGCCGUUCGGCCAGGACCCGUAUGAUCUACCAAAAAACAGCCACAUCCCCUGCCACUACGACCUCCUGCCGGCCAGAGAAAGUCCAACCUCAGACCACAGCGAGCUGGACAGCAAAUGAUCUUACAAAGACUCAGUAGAGACCAGGCCUCGCCUCGGACCUCCAGCUCCAGGAACCGAUGGCCGACAAACACAGGCACUCUUUACACUCACCUGCUACAUACUAGUAAUUGUUUUG